UUCACAGAACGACCCGACAGCACGCGCGGCCUUCGUGGGUAAAACUCUGCGUACAGUCCGGACGAAAUUCGGAGCUCUGAGGAAAUUGGAAUCGGUGCGCCACCUGGCAGUACGUCAAAAAAUGAUGCGCACUGGCGGCCGAAGCAGAUAAUAUUAUAUCUAAAGCAUCAUGUGCACGCGGGGCUGCUUCUGUCGCUAACCUAGUUGCGUCUCAUUACCGGAGCGGAGCGCAUGUGGAAACGAACCAACACACAAGACUGGCCGUAGGUCCGCUCGCUUGCCAGCAGACGCGAUGUCGACGCAGGACGACCCGGACACCUUCUGCGUCCGGGGACUCAAGCUUUCCAAGGAGUUCACCAAGGAGCUCGUCGAGAGUGCCCUCCAAUAUACGCCCCAAGACGACGACAUUUUCGUGGUGUCUUACUCCAAGUGUGGUGCGUCCUUCGUCCAACACAUCGUCCACCUCUUGUUCCACGAGGGCAACCCAUCCGCCGACUACAUCCAAUGGUCGCUCGCAACGCCCCACCUGGAGCUGGUCGGAGCCGCGGGCGUGCGCAAGAUGCCGCGGCCGAACGCCAUAAAGUCCCAUUUUCCCGUAAACUACAUGCCGUGGUCCAAAGAAGCCAAGUACAUCUACGUAGCUCGCAACCCCAAAGACUGCUUUGUGUCCAUCUUCUUCAACAGACAGCUGUUCCUCAGGCAGAAAUCUAUGGACAGGGCUUUCGAAGAGUUCAUCAGUGGCAACAUGAUCUGGGGCGACUACUUUGAGCACCUCCGGGGAUGGUACGAGAAACGGGACGAACCGAACGUCCUGUUCAUUCUUUACGAAGACAUAAAGCGUUCCCCGCACGAGAUUAUCGAGAAACUCGCCGCGUUUAUGGGAGACAGGUGGCAUAACAUGCUGGCAGCAGACGACAGCAUCUUAGAUAAGAUUGUACAUCAUAGCAGCUACGACUUUAUGAAGGUGCACGCGAGCAGGACGGUUAAAAAGUACGAAGAGGCCCCGGACGAAGACACCAUCGACGUCAUCCCGGUCGAAAUGCCCGCCAGAAGAACACGAACUUUUGCCAGAAGGGGAACGGUGGGGGACUGGAGAACGACCCUGAAUGCAGAACAGGAAGCCGAGCUAGAAAGAGCUCUCAGAGACAAGUCGAAAGGUACAGCAUUGUAUAAGCUCUGGAGAGAUCUGGACGAAGACGACGACAGCGAUUUCUAAAAUGAGCAUCGGACGUUUUGCAGGAAUGGACAGCAUGUAGUGAAUGCCACGUUGCGUCGAUUCGUGUUUUCUUCUUUUUUUUUUUUUUUUUCGUUAGGACAGCAGCAGUGUUUACAUAUCGUGUAUGUGCAUAAACAGAGUACAAACGCUACGCUGUUUAGUGGGUAGGCCUGUACCGGUUAUCUGCGCUGGGACGCUUCGUCACUGAGGCCAUUUUGGCGAGUCGUCACGCAGGAUGGAAAAAUAAAAAAAAAAGUUUAUUUUUGA